AUGGCUGGACACUCUGUCUUUUAUAUCAUCCUGCUGAGUGCUCUGAUUGACAAGGGCCACUCCUGCUUCUGUGAUCACUACCCAUGGACUCAGUGGUCCAGCUGCUCAAAAACCUGCAAUUCUGGAACCCAGAGCAGACAGAGACAAAUAGUAGCAGAUCAGUACUAUUGGGAUAACUCUUGUGAUCUUUGCACCAAGCAAGAGACCAGAGAAUGUAACUGGCAAACAUGUCCUAUCAACUGCCUCCUGGGAGAUUACGGACCAUGGUCAGACUGUGACCCUUGUGUUGAAAAACGGUUUAAGGUUAGAUCUGUCUUGCGCCCCAGUCAGUUUGGUGGGCAACCAUGCACUGAACCCCUGGUGACCUUUCAACCAUGCAUUCCAUCUAAGCUGUGCAAAAUUGAAGAGGCUGACUGCAAGAAUAAAUUCCGCUGUGACAGUGGCCGCUGCAUUGCCAGCAGGUUAGAAUGCAAUGGAGAAAAUGACUGUGGAGACAAUUCAGAUGAAAGGGAUUGCGGGAGAACAAAGGCAGUAUGCCCACGGAAUUACAGCCCCAUGCCUGGUGUGCAGCUGAUGGGCACUGGGUUUCAUUUUCUGGCAGGAGAGCCCAGAGGAGAAGUCCUUGAUAAUUCUUUCACUGGAGGAAUAUGUAAAACUGUCAAAAGCAGUGGAGCAAGCAAUCCAUACCGUGUUCCAGCAAAUCUGGAAAAUGUCAGCUUUGAGGUAAAAACUGAAGAAGAUGAUUUCGAAACGAAUUUCUACAAAGAUUUAAUUUCUCUUGGAAAUAAUAAAAACAAACAAAGCUCAUUUUCGGGUGAAAGGGGGAGCUCUUCUAAAGUACCAAUUUUUUAUUCCUCAAAGAAAAGUCAAAGUGUCAACCAUAAUUCUGCCUUCAGACAAGCCAUUGAAGCCUCCCACAAAAAGGAUUCUAGUUUUAUUAGAAUCCAUAAAGUGAUAAAAGUCUUAAACUUCACAGUGAAAGCUAAAGAUCUGCAGCUUUCUGAUGUCUUUUUGAAAGCACUUAACCAUCUGCCUCUAGAAUACAAUUCUGCUCUGUAUAGCCGGAUAUUUGAUGACUUCGGGACUCACUACUUCACCUCUGGCUCCCUGGGGGGCGUAUAUGACCUCCUUUAUCAGUUUAGCAGUGAGGAACUAAAAAUCUCAGGUUUAACAAAAGAAGAAUCCCAACGCUGUAUACGGACUGAAACAAAGAAACGUAUUCUUUUUUUUAAGACAACAGAAGUGGAACACCGGUGCACCACUAACAAGCUGUCAGAGAAACAUGAAGGUUCAUUUUUGCAGGGAGCAGAGAAAUCUAUAUCCCUGGUUCGAGGCGGAAGGAGUGAGAAUGCAGUGGCUUUGGCGUGGGAAAAAGGGGGCGCUGGUCCAGAGGAGAAAGUGUUUUCUGAGUGGUUAGAAUCAGUGAAGGAAAAUCCUGCUGUGGUUGACUUUGAGCUCGCUCCCAUCACGGACUUGGUAAGAAACAUCCCCUGUGCGGUGACAAAACGGAACAACCUCAGGAAAGCUUUUCGAGAAUAUGCAGCCAAGUUUGACCCUUGCCAGUGUGCUCCAUGCCCUAAUAAUGGCCAGCCCACGCUCUUGGGGACCGAAUGUCUGUGUGUGUGCCAGAGCGGCACCUACGGGGAGAACUGUGAGAGACGGUCUCUGGAUUAUAAAUCUAAUGCAGUGGAUGGGAACUGGGGUUGCUGGUCUUCUUGGAGCACGUGUGAUGCUACUUAUAAGAGAUCAAGAACCCGAGAAUGCAAUAAUCCUGUCCCCCUACAAGGAGGGAAACGCUGUGAGGGGCAGAAUCGGCAAGAGGAAGACUGCACAUUUUCAAUAAUGGAGAACGAUGGACAACCAUGUAUCAGUGAUGAUGAAGACAUGAAAGAGGUAGAUCUUCCUGAGAUAGUGGCGGAUUUGGGGUGUCCUCAGCCAGUUCCUCCAGAAAAUGGAUUUAUUCGGAAUGAAAAGAAACUGUACUCUGUUGGGGAAGAAGUUGAAAUGUCAUGCCUUACUGGCUUCAAAGCUGUUGGAUACCAGUACUUCCGAUGCUUACCAGACAGGACCUGGAGGCAGGGGGAUGUGGAAUGCCAACGGACAGGAUGCCUCAAGCCAGUUGUGCAGGAAGUUCUGACGCUCACACCAUUACAAAGAUUAUAUAAAAUUGGUGAAUCGGUGGAGCUAGCCUGCCCGGCAGGCUUUGUCCUUGCUGGGCCAUCAAGGUACACAUGCAGUGGGGAUUCUUGGAUACCACCUAUUUCAAACUCACUCACCUGUGAAAAAGAUAUUCUGACAAAAUUAAAGGGCCAUUGUCAGCCAGGACAAAAACAGUCAGGAUCUGAAUGCAUUUGUAUGUCUCCGGAAGAAGACUGUAGCCAUUAUUCAGAAGAUCUCUGCAUAUUUGAUACAGAUUCCAACCGUUACUUUACUUCACCUGCUUGUAAGUUUCUGGCCAAGAAAUGUUUAAAUAAUCAGCAACUCCAUUUUCUAUAUAUUGGUUCCUGCCAAGAUGGUCUACAACUAGAAUGGGGUCUUGAAAGGACAAAACUUUCAUCCAGUAGCACAAAGAAAGAAUCCUGUGGCUAUGACACCUGCUAUGACUGGGAAAAAUGUUCAGCUUCCACCUCCAAAUGUGUCUACCUACUGCCCCCCAAGUGCUUUAAGGGCGGAAACCAACUCUACUGUGUCAAAAUAGGAUCUUCAACAAAUGAGAAAACAAUGAAUAUCUGUGAAGUGGGAGCUGUAAGAUGUGCAAACAGGAAGGUGGAAAUACUGCAUACUGGGAGGUGUUCGACCUAG